CGGCCUACCUGGAAAAGUGGGCGGGGUUAGAGAGCCUACAAGUUGAUCAAGGUGUGGCCCCUCCCGAUCACAGUUCAACACUCGGGGACGUCCGUUUCGAGACGGCUUCAGUUCAAUUCUUUCCUAUGAUCUAAUAACGUCCAUCGGACGAAACGAGACGCGAGGAGCUCGACAAUACGAGGAAUGUCCUCCAGGCCAAACGGGAGUCCGCCUCCCUACGAAUCAGAAAACGCAUAUCCGCCCCCCACUGUCCAGCCAGCCUACUCCUACUACCCUGACGAUGAGUUCCAACACUUCUACCGCUGGACCUCCCCCCCAGGGAUCAUCAAGAUCAUGUCGGUCAUCGUCAUUGUUCUGUGCCUGGGCAUUUUCGCCUGCGUGGCCUCCACCCUAGCCUGGGACAGCCAGAACGCUAUGUUCGGCGGAGGGGGGUACGGCGCGGGGGGGUACGGCGCUGGCGGUGGGUACGGCGCUGGCGGUAGCUAUGGCGGUGGCACCAGCUAUGGCGGCAGCUACUAUGGCGUGGGCAGUGGCUACGGCUAUGGCGUGGGCAGUGGCUACGGCUACGGUGGCAUCGGCGGCAGCUACAACGACCCCCGCAAGGGCAAAGGCUUCAUGAUUGCCAUGGCAGCCAUCACCUUCAUCUUCGCGAUGGUGGUGUUCAUCAUCAUCGUCUCGCACCAGAGCCUGUGUCAGUCCAGGAGGUUCUACUUGGCGGUGGUGAUCCUGUGCGCCAUCCUGGCGUUGCUGAUGCUCAUCGCGACCAUCGUGUACCUGGUGGCGGUGAACCCCAUGGCGCAGUCGCCCAGCUCCAUGUACGCCAUGCAGAUCCAGGGGCUCUGCGCCCAGUACCAGCAGCCAGCCACGACGGGGGUCUUUGUCAACCAGUACCUCUACCACUACUGUGUGGUCGAGCCCCAGGAGGCGAUCGCCAUUGUCUGCGGGUUCCUGGUGGUGGCGGCGCUGAUCAUCAUGCUGGUGUUUGCUCUGAAGACCCGCCAGAAGAUCCGCGGCUACGGGAAGAGCAACAUCCUGUGGAAGAAGAUUAAGGUGGUGGACGACCUGGCCCCCCCUGGGGACGUGGAGGCCUGGGACCCGACGUUCCUGGAGAAGAAGGAGCGGUGUGACUACCUUAAGAACAAACUGGCCCACAUCAAGCUGAAGAUCCAGGAGUACCACAAGGUCAUGGAAUGCAACGACGGCUACUAAAACACCGCCCAGAGCGUGAACUAGAAGGUGUUUUCAGUACGGACGAUGUACGAGUACAACUGAAACACUACGGAAAACGUGAACUAGAGCGUGUUUAUAGUUUGGACGAUCUACGACUACGGUCGAAACACUACGCAGAACGUGAACUAGCACGGUUUAUUAGUUUGGAUUAUCUACGACUACAGUCGAAACACUACGCAGAACGUGAACUAGCACGGUUUAUUAGUUUGGAUUAUCUACGACUA